AUGCGUGUCCUGGCCCACGCUGCCCUCUUGUCGCUCGCCGGCUAUGCCACCGCGCACGGCUACGUGCCAUUCAUCAAGAUCAACGGCGAGCUCAUCCCUGGAUGGGAUGUUCAAUCGGAUCCUUACACGACCCCCCAACCCUUGCGCGUCGUGCGCGCGACCAAGCCUGACAGUGGCUUCAUCGCGGAUCCAACCUCCGGGGACAUCACUUGCAGCAUCGGCAACUCGCAGUUGCCUCCUGGCCCCAUCCAGGCCGAGGUCGAGGCGGGCGGGACGGUUUCCAUGAUGUGGAACACUUGGCCGACAGGUCACUAUGGCCCCAUCUUGAACUACAUGGCCAAGUGCGCGACCGAUGACUGCUCUCCUUUCAAAGGCGAUACUGGGAGCCCGUGGUUUAAGGUACAAGACGCCUUCGAGAACGGCGUAUGGGCUAGCGAUGUGCUCGCAACGUCCGCGAACUUCACGUACGACGUGCACAUUCCGAAGAACAUCCAGCCGGGCGCCUACCUCCUUCGCCAUGAGAAUCUAGCCCUCCACGGCGCCAGCAACGUCGGCGGUGCCCAAUUCUACCCAGUCUGCGUUCAGCUCACCGUCACUGGUGGCGGAUCUCUGGCACCCUCUGGCCUGAGCUUCCCUGGAGCGUACUCGGCCGAGGAUCCAGGCAUUCACUUCAACCCGUACCAGGGAGAUGCAGCGAACGAGGCGUAUAUUCCUCCAGGUGGCGACGUGUACCCCGGCCUACAGUUCUGA